GAAGAUGAGACAGCUGAACGGUCAGACGGCAGUGACGAUGAAGGUCAUGAUAAUCAGUCAAAUCCAUCACAAGCCAACCAGCAGAAAGCAAAAGACAGCCCUGCGUCGGACGUGAGAAGUGAAAAGAAAACGAAGAAAAAGAAAAAGAAGAAGCGGAAUAAGCAUGAUUCUGAGGGGCUGGAUGAUGAUCAGCUUCUGGAACAAUUGGCAUCUGAGAAUCAAGCGGCUGCGUCAUCAACAGUGGAGAACGAUGAGCCACUGGGAGUAGAACAAGUACUAAAACCUGAUCCACGAUUGUACGAUGCAGCAGCUGAGCUGAAGAGAGCCAUUGGCAAGGCCUUCAAGGAUUCUGCCCCAUCCGUAUCCAGCCGCUCUCAUCGUUCAUUCCAUGGAGCUGGGAAAAUUGUGAAGCAGAAGUAUGGCUGGCCUCCAGUGAGGAAUAUUGGUAAUGUCGAAGGACCUUGUUUGAGACCUCUUUCUGAUGCUUUCCCUUCAUCAGGUCUUUCGAUGGAAUUCGAUAGAACGGAAGGCGAGAUCAAAUGGUUCAAAUUCGUUCACAAUGCUCACUAUGAAGGACUGGAACGGUUAUGCUGGGUGUCUGAGGAUUCUUUUGAUCACGAGCUGAUACAAGAAAUAAUAGCAGAUAAUCCCUAUCAUCUGAACUCCUUGUUGUUGUUAGCCAAUGUAUUUCGAAUGCAGGAGGAUAUCACUGCUUCAUGCGACUUUAUUGGUGAGCUCAAUUCGAAAUCUGUACCUUUUGUAAUCAUCAUUUCGGAAAUGUUUCUACCCGCAACCCUUUUUCCGCUGGAAGACUUCCAAUUACCUCGAUUUUCAGAACGUGGUAUCUUCUUCUGCGAACAAUCAAUGGCUAGCACAUUCCAGCCUAGCUCUUUUUAUCACCGAAUAGACUACCUGGAUUAUGAGAAUCGAGCCUUCUACCUUCUUUUGCAUAGGCAUAUGCUCAACUGUGUCCACAAAAGAUGCUUCGAAACUGCGCUCAAUUUUGCGAAGUUGAUCUUGACUAUGGAUCCACAAAGAGAUCCUUUGGCAGUUUUGUUGCUAAUCGAUACUAUCGCUAUCAAAGCCAAGCAGUACAAAUGGUUAAAGGACUUUUACCGGUGUUGUAAGGAAUGGAAAAAUUUGGAUAUGCUGCCAAACUUCUGCUAUUCUAUGGCGUUAGCGCAGUUUCUUGAUUCCAAAACGGAUGAAGACUUCAUUGUUGCCGAUGAAAUGCUUACGCAUGCCAUCUGUGCGUUCCCCGGAGUUAUCAGCUUUUUGUUAGAUAAAAUGCAAGUCGAAGCGGAUGCCACCGUUGAAAUGCAUCGGCACAUGGGAACUAUCGGUGCAAACAAGGAGAAUGAUGGUUUGAAGCUAGUAUUCAAAAUGUACGUCAACGAAGCUGCUGAGCUAUGGAAAGCUCCAGAAACUUUGUCAUGGCUAGAGACGGUAACAAGAGACUGUGCACAAAAUAAGGAAUGCCAAGAGGAAAUGGAUAAGUGGAAGGAAAAGAGGCAACGCGUUUUCGUUGGUGCACCGCCAAAUGUACGUCGGCUAGCAGUGCUGCUUGGUUUGGAGAGUUCGUCUUCGAGUGUCACCGACCCUGUGCCACCUGCGAAUGGGCGAGCAAGGUAUACUCGACAACCGGUAAAUGUACAGCGACCGGACAACUUCUUUUCGGGAUUUCUACAUUCGAUUUUGCCGGAUUUUGACAGUGAGGAACACCUUCUUGAUGUCAUACAACGUAUGGGAAACCAACUGCAGCGAGUUGUUUUUCCGUCAGCUGCACCUGCUAAUAACAACAAUAAUAAUGAGCAACAACCACCUCCACAGGAUGGUCAACCCCAGCCUUGAAA